GAACAUCGGGCAAGACAAAAAUGACAACCUUACAGGUUAUGAAUGUGGACCUCCAGCAAAGCCUCAAUGCUACAGCACACAGAACCAAUGAGUACAUGACUAAAGGGCUUGUUGUGAGGAGAGGUCAGUCAUUUACCAUCAAAGUGAAGUUUAACAGACCUUUGGAACCUGCAGACAACCUGAAGUGGUGGACUCAGACAGGCCGAUCUCAAUCGAGCUCAAAAAUAAUAUUACCCAUCCCCAGCUCUGGCAAUGAAAAAUCUUGGAGUGUAACCUCCAAAAACAACAGUGACAUGGAAAUCACUAUCAACUCACCAGCUGAUGCAGCUAUUGGAAGUUACCUUAUGGGUUUUCAGGUCAAGAGUGCAGAAAGCGAUGUAUUCCAAAACGUUGGAGGAUUUAUCAUGCUCUUUAACCCCUGGUUUGCAGGUGACACAGUGUACAUGAAAGAUGAAGCUGAGAGGAAGGAGUAUGUUCUCAAUGAGAGUGGAAUCAUUUUCUAUGGAAGCGCAACCAGUAACCCACCAUACAGACCCUGGGACUUUGGCCAGUUUGAAGAAGGCAUUUUGGACAUCUGCUUAAAAAUGCUGGACAGAAGUAUUGAGUACAGAAGAAGUGCUGCUAGAGAUGUCUCUCGCAGAGGUGACCCUGUCUAUGUUUCAAGAAUAUUAAGUGCUAUGGUCAACAGUCAAGGUGACAAUGGAGCCGUUGUUGGAAAUUGGACUGGGGAUUAUGAAGGAGGAGAGAAACCCACAAAAUGGAAUGGAAGCGUUGACAUACUCCGUAAAUGGAAUGAAGGUGGACCUGUCCGAUAUGGACAGUGUUGGGUGUAUGGAGGAGUCCUUUGUACAGUGCUCCGAUGCCUAGGAAUCCCUGCACGUGUCAUCACAAAUUUCGCUUCUGCUCAUGACACUGAUGGAACUCUCACUAUUGAUCGGUACAUUGAUGAGAAAGGCACGGAAGUAUUUGACACAGCUGACAGUGUAUGGAACUUCCAUGUAUGGGUUGAGGGUUGGUUUGCCAGGAAAGAUAUUGGAUCCAAAUAUGAUGGAUGGCAAGUUUUGGAUGCAACUCCACAAGAAGAAAGUGAAGGUUCAUUCCGCUUGGGGCCGUGCUCUGUGAACGCUAUUAAGGAAGGUGAUAUGGACCAGCCGUAUGAUACUCCUUUUGUAUUUUGUGAAGUGAAUGGUGACAAAAUAGACUGGUUGGUUCAAUCUAAUGAGCGAAGAAAAUUACGCACGCAAACUAGUGCAAUCGGAAAAUUUACCAGCACCAAGGCCGUCGGUUCAAAUAAACGUGUCGACGUAACCAACAAAUAUAAGUAUCCGGAAGGAAGCAAUAAAGAAAGGGAGAUUUUCAAGAAAGCCGAGUCACUCAUGUCCUCCACGAGGUCCAGACUUCCUGCUGCUCCUGCCACUGUUGCAUUCUCAGCCACCAACACAGAGCCGGUGCCAAAACCAGAUUUUGAGGGUGCUUUUACACAGAGCACUGACCCACUGGUUGGUCAUGAUGUCACCUUCACACUGGUACUGAGAAGCACAAGUUCAGUCAAGAUAAACCUACAACUCAAGAUGACUGCUAACGCUAUUGUAUAUACUAAUGCACCAGUGAAAGCGAUCCUAAGUGAAGCCCAGACUGUUACCUUGGAACCUAAAGAAGAGAAAAAAAUACCUUUUACAAUAACAUACACUCAGUAUGAAGCCGCAAUAACUACAGAUAACAUGAUCAAAGCUGUUGCUCUGUGUGAAGAUGAGAAAGGAGGAAAACUACUGGUGGAAUCAGUGAUGAAGCUGGGCUCCCAGCCCAUUGUGAUAAAGGCUACAGGUCAAGCACACAAAAAUCAGCCUUUCAAUAUAGAGAUUAUUUUCAUCAAUCCCCUUUCGGAGGAUGCUGAGAACACCAUUCUGACAGUGGAAGGCAGUGGGCUGGUAAAAGAGCCUAUAAGGAUUGAGGUACCUUGUUUAAAAAAGAAUCAGCGAUCAAUGACAAAUUUCUACAUCACCCCGUACCGAAGUGGUCCAAGGUAUCUCCUGGUGGACUUGACAUCUGAAAAGUUCAGUGACGUGAAAGGGUCAUUGCUAAUUGAAGUUUCGUCUGCCUGAUCUAGCAGUGCAGAAUUCCUCAGAGCAAAUCAAAUAAA